ACGGGAUACUGGGAGAGCCCGGAAGAGCAGCGGAGAGAGCGAUCAAAUCCCUGGAACGGUACGGUUUCUCCAUCAGAGCUGGAGGUCUGAACGGACCGCAUCCAUCAGGGGGGAUUUGUAUCAACUGUAGAGUGUGAUUGGAGCUACCUGUGUCGAACAAGUGCAAGUUGCUCUAAAGAUGUGGAAGGCAGCAGCAGGACAGGGCAUCAGUGUGGCUGUGAACGAUGACGUGGAUGACUGGGAGACUGACCCUGACUUUGAGAACGAUGUGUCGGAAAAGGAGCAGCGCUGGGGGGCCAAAACAGUGUCAGGCUCAGGACAUCAGGGGCACAUAGAUAUCAAACAACUGCGUGAGACAGUGUCGACUGAGCACACCAGCCUGAAGCAGAAGGAGCUGGAGACCAUGCCCAAAGCCUCACAUGGAUACGGAGGGAGGUUUGGAGUGCAGCAGGAUCGUAUGGACAAGUCUGCUGUGGGUCACGACUACCAGAGUCAGUUGUCCAAACACUGCUCCCAGACGGACACAUCUAAGGGCUUUGGAGGGAAGUUUGGAGUCCAAGCUGACCGUGUUGAUCAGUCUGCUGUUGGGUUUGAAUAUGCCGGCAAGACAGAGAAACAUGCUUCACAGAAAGACUACGCCACUGGGUUUGGGGGGCGAUACGGCGUGCAGGCAGACCGUGUUGACCAGAGCGCUGUUGGCUUCGAUUACCAGGGCAAAACCGAGAAACACGAGUCCCAAAAAGAUUAUGCCAAAGGUUUUGGCGGCAAGUAUGGCGUUGAGACUGACAAGGUGGACAAGAGCGCUGUGGGCUUCGAGUACCAGGGCAAAACCGAGAGGCAUGAGUCACAGAAAGACUAUGUGAAGGGCUUUGGGGGCAAGUUUGGAGUGCAGACAGACAGACAAGAUAAAUCAGCGCUGGGAUGGGACCACCAGGAGAAACUUCAGCUUCAUGAAUCUCAGAAAGACUAUAAGCGUGGGUUUGGAGGGCAGUAUGGGGUAGAGGUGGAGAAGCAGGACCAGUGUGCCCUGGGCUAUGAGCACAAGGAGAGCCUGGCCAAGCACGAGUCUCAGAAAGAUUACUCUAAAGGAUUUGGAGGGAAAUUUGGUGUCCAGAAUGACCGGAUGGACAAGAGUGCAGGAACUUUUGAAGAAGUGGAGAAGCCGAGCUCAUCGUACCAGAAAACCAAACCUGUGGAAGCUGCUGGCAGCAGCACAGGAAGCAUCAAGGCCCGCUUUGAGAACAUCGCCAAGCAGAAGGAGGAGGAGGACAGGAAAAGGGCUGAGGAGGAGCGAGCACGUCGACAGGCCAAGGAGAGGGAGGAGCAAGAGGCGGCGCGCCGUAAAGUCGAGGCUACACCCAAGGCCCCCUCUCCUGCUCCUGCUGCAAGCCCCACCCCCAGCCCGACCCCAGCAACCCAGCCAGAUGCAGCCCCAACAUACCAGAAAACAGAAGAAUCUUAUUAUGACACCACCACAGAGAAUGGUGAGCAGCUGUUCGAGGCAGAGCCCCAGAACCAGCAGGAGGAGCUCUACCAGAACCCCGACGAGACCGCACCAGCAGGAGACGCCCAGCAGUACGACUACGGCGAGGACCUCGGGGUGACGGCAGUGGCUCUUUAUGACUACCAAGCAGCCGGUGACGAUGAGAUAUCCUUCGACCCCGAUGACAUCAUCACCAACAUCGAGAUGAUCGAUGAAGGCUGGUGGCGAGGCGUCUGCAGAGGCGCCUACGGCCUCUUCCCCGCCAACUAUGUGGAGGUCCGGCAAUGAUGACCAUCUGUGUCUGUGCAACGAUUAAAGAGAGACAGGAGACGUUUUCAAAUCCCCUUUUUUCCUUUUCAUCCCCUGAUCAUUUCUCUCUUCACCUCAUCUUAGCGCUUUAACACUGUGAGACGUCUUCAGGUCUCCUGCUGGCUUUUCCUUUGCUCCUUUUUCCAUCCCUCCCUGGUCUUUUUCCAGAAGUUUCUCUCUGUGCAGCAAAAGAGAGGACAAGUUAUUCUAGAAAAGAAUAUAUAGUUGACAUUAUCCAGGUAAAAAAACAGACACAAAGCUUUGCUCUGCACCUCGGCUUUGUCACAGUGAAAGCUACAAAAUGCAGCUCACAUGUGAAGUUGCAUUUUGUAUCUUUUUAUUUUUCUAGAUAAAGUGUUUAGAGUCAAAUCAGGUUUUUCUUCACAUGUGCUAGAAGAGUUUUUAGUCUCACCAAAGAGCAGAGAAACGGCAGUAAAGAGUCCUGUGCACGGGACUCAAGGUGCUCACUGGUUCGUAGCUCAACCUUCAUGUAAGCAGGAGCAGAUUAAAGCUGAAAACUUGGAUUAUAUUGGUUGGAUUAUAUUGUAUAUUAAAGCUGUUUACAGCGCAGGACAUCAAGUAAGGACCAAAAAAGCUGAUCAAACUUUGCUUCUUGGUCUGUCUGCGUAAAGUCUGCCAGCUUGCACAGAAGUUUAAAUUACUUCCUGAUUGAAGCUUCAAAACUUUAUCCUUUUUUCUGAACACUCACAUCAGUAAUAAAGCUCAAUAUAAAUGAUUAUAAAUAAAGUUUCCUCCUCUAACUGACACUUAAACUGUUCAGAAUAACGAGGCCAUAAUGUUUAAGGUUUUCUCUCCACUGUGGAUAAAUCAACAGAAACACUACAGCUCAUGUUAUUUUAAUCAUCGCCAUGCAUUAAACUGUUUAAAUGUUGAUGCUGUGGUUGAAAUCAUGUACAGAGAAAUGAGGAUUUAUGAAAAAUAAUAAUUUUGAGGGCGUAUUUUUGUUCCUUGUGCUCGUCUUUGUGUCUCGCUGCCUGCGGGGUUGUGUGUCGUAACAUGUCGACGUGCAUACGUGAGGUUCAGUGACUGCUACCAUCAUCACGACCGACACGUGUGCACAGAGUUACCUUUAAAACAAGAGUGCUCAUAAUGCCUGUAGAGACCGUUAUCAGGCUGCUGUUAAGGGAAAAGGCUUCGGUGUUUUUUUCUCCAAACACUAAUUAUUUCUAACAGACGGCAGCGUCUGUGGAUCGCAGUAGUGUAGCUCAAACCAGUGUGUGUGUGUGUGUGUGUGUGUGAGAGAGUGUGUGAGGGCUUCAUGAAAAUCAUCUUUGGGGUUUUAUAAUAAAAAGUGACCUUUUCGAAUGCAUUAUUUUUAUCUGUACCUCUGUUGGCUUGAGUCACAUCAUUACCUGCUUGUUCUUUUUUUUUAGUUUCAAUAAAUAAAGUAAGAAUUUAAGAGA